UUGAUUUUUGGAGAAGAAAAAGUUGUGGACGUAAUAAUUCUCGUAUUUUGCAGUUCUUUUAUAAUACAGAGUCAUCGACAACCACAGGUUCUUCUCUCUCACAUUCUCAGGUUCUCAAAGUUCUAAGUGAUCCUCUCUAGUUUAGAAAAUCUGCCUUGGAUUUGAUUCUGCUACUUCCUGCACAUCAAAGAAUUUGGCCGUUGAAAAUUUGUCAUUUUCUUUUACAAAGCUUUUGUAACGUGGUGGUGGUAUAUAUGGGAGUUGUGACUGUUUCUAGCUCAGCUGCCAGGACACCACUAGGAUUAAAUACAAAGUUUAGCACUCAUGGAUCUGCCCUAAAGAGGCCUUUAGUCAUAGCAUUUAAAGGAGAUAAGCACAAUGAUUCGGCACUGAUUGCAACCAAAGAGAAAGUUCCUAUCCACGUUGAAAUGGAGAAAAGUAAUAAUAAGAAACGGAUGGGAAAGAUUAACAAAUCGCCUAAGCGAGGGAGAACUAUCUCCAUAGAGGAAUCUGCUAUGUUGGACGUGGACUACAAUGAGGCUGCUGCCAUACUUGAAAACAUAUACAAACUUAGCUCUGCAUCCGAAACUCACAAUGCAGUAUAUAUAGAUACUAAGACCAAGAGAGUGUUGCGUCGGGAGAAGAAGAUUGCUGAUAAAGAAGGAGAGGUAAACAAUAAUGAUAGGACCAGAGUGAUUAGAAAUAGAAACACCAAGACAAAACGAUUAAGUCUUGAUAAGAGGAUUGCUUUGAAAAACAACAUUCCCACUCCAAAGAAAAGAAUUGUUAAGGAUAACAGUGAGAAGAUUGAGGAACUUGUUAGGGAAUAUUCAGGGUCGACGGAUCUUGUUAGUUUGGACUGGAAGAAAAUGAAAAUACCUCCAGUUCUUCCUUCUUCAGAGCAUACUUGGUUGUUCAAGUUGAUGCAACCUAUGAAGGCACUUCUUCAAGUGAAAGAGGAUUUGCAGAAGGAGCUAGGUAGAGAACCUACAGAGGCUGAACUAGCUGACGCUACAAAUAUGAACGUUUCUCAAGUAAAGAAAACUAUAGAAGUAGGCCGAGCUGCAAGAAACAAGCUGAUCAAGCACAACCUCCGGCUUGUGUUAUUUGUGAUCAACAAAUAUUUUUGGGAUUUUGGCAAUAGCCCACGGUUUCAGGAUCUGUGUCAGGCAGGAGUUAAAGGACUCAUUACAGCAAUUGAUCGCUUCGAGCCGAACAGAAGAUUCCGGCUAUCCACCUACGGAUUGUUUUGGAUAAGACAUUCCAUCAUUCGUUCAAUGACCCUCUCAAGUUUUACACGUGUUCCCUUUGGACUUGAAUCAGUUAGGGCAGAGAUUCAAAGAGCUAAACUGGAGUUGACGUUUGAGCUUCAGAGGCAGCCAACAGAUGAAGAAAUAAUGGAGAGAGCUCAAAUUUCCCCAGAACGAUACCAUGAUGUAAUGAGGAGUUUAUAAAUGGGAUUACUGAUGAUGAUGGUGUCAACGGUGAUAAUAGAAGGCAACAUGCUCUACUAAGGCUUGCUCUUGAUGAUGUGCUUGAUUCCCUGAAGCCAAAGGAGAGCUUGGUGAUAAGACAGAGAUUUGGACUGGAUGGCAAGGGAGAUAGAACAUUGGGGGAAAUAGCUGGGAACUUGAACAUUUCUAGGGAAAUGGUAAGAAAGCAUGAAGUCAAGGCUCUCAUGAAGCUCAAGCACCCAGCUCGAUUGGAUUAUCUUCGUCGUUACGUUGUAUAAAAUCCAUUAAUAAUGUAUUAUUAUUAUUAUUAUUGUUACUAUGUAUAUGCCUCUCGCUUCCCUUAUACAAAUUAAAUAUUUGUUAUGUCACAUUAGCCAUACAGUAGUUUGAUAUGUUAAUCAAUUUGUGUCACCGGUCCACACAAAAUCAUAAUUAAUCGUAUAUUCGUCAUGUAAUUUGUAUACCAUAGACUUUGAAAUUGCAUAUAAGGUACAUAACGACAGAUACAUGUUACAUGUAA